AUGGCGUCCCAGUCCCACCCUAUCCAUGUCGCCGUACUAGAUACCGACAUUCCGUGCCUAUCGGUUUACGCUCAGCGGGGUCUCUAUAGUUCGCAGUUCCGCGUCCUACUCCAAGCGGCUGCAGAGCGCCUCAACAAGAAUGCGAGGACCAGCCUCCCAAAUGGCCCACUCGGCGUGCAUGUCACUGCUUUCGAUGCCGUAGGGGGAUCAUUGCCUCCACUCGAAUCGCUUCGCACGAGCCCGGCGUCUCCAACCGAGACGCCUGCCUCACUGGGCCCCAUUGAUGCGAUUUUGAUCACCGGCUCUGUAUGCUCCGCCUACGACCCGCAUCCAUGGAUCAAGCACCUUACUUCGUACAUCCAAAUGGUGCACGCCAAUUUCCCCUAUGUCAAAAUGUUUGGCUCCUGCUUCGGCCAUCAGCUCAUCGCCCAAGCACUCCUGUCAGAACCUACCGCAGACGCGCGGUGUACCUUUCAUGUUGAGUCUGCGCUGAGUGGCUUUGAAGUAGGAAUCCACCCCAUCACCCUGGAGCCGGCUUUUACUGCACAUUUCCCACCCCUUGCCCGCUUGUCGGGACCAUUCCGCAUCCAGCUGGUCCACGGCGACCAAGUAGUCCCAACUCCCGCCGCUGUGGCUGCAUAUGGGACGAAUGUGGCCCUACCUGCGCCCUGGAUCAACAUGGGCAGCAGCGCUGUUUGCCCGAUUCAAGGGCUGUACAGCCCCGGCCGCGUCCUGACAUACCAGGGCCACUUCGAGUUCGACACGUUCGUCAAUAGCGAACUGAGCCUGGAAUUUGGGCGCCGCAAGAACUGGCCGGCGGAGGUCGUUGACAGUUAUCUGCAGCAGAUCAACCGCACCCUCGUGCCAGGCCACGAUGAUGAUGACGAUUCCAAAGCUGCAGCGGAGGCAGUUCUGUUGUUCUUCGCUGGCGAGGAUCAGCCGCAGAAACAUGCCUUUAUACAGAGCGAUGGGUUGCUUACGCCGCCCCUUGAGUAG